AUGGUGCUGGUUUCCAGUGAGGGUCUCUCCCUGGUGCUGGUGGCUCUGGUGCUGUGCGCGCAGGCCGGGUUCGGGUUCUCCGUGGCCGGGCAGCAGGACAGCACCUGCGAGGCCAACGGGAGCCUGUACUACGUGGGUGAGUGGUUCUUCCUGGACUCGGACCACUGCACCCAGUGCGAGUGCACCGCCGAGGGGUCUGCGUGCGCCCGCACCGAGUGCACCACCCUGCCGGCGGCGUGCAUCCACGUCAGCCACUACCCCACCGACUGUUGCCCCCGGUGCGAGAAGAUCGGCUGCGAGUACCGAGCUGUGGUGUACGAGCUGGGGCAGACCUUCCAGCCGUCAGAAUGUGAGCAGUGCACUUGUGACAGUGAUGGCAUCGCCCGCUGUCUGGUUGCAGACUGUGCCCCCCCGCCGUGCAUCAACCCCGUCUACGAGCCUGGGAAAUGCUGCCCUGAAUGCAAGGACGGUCCCAACUGCUACACUGACGCCUCCCGCGCUCAGGUGAUUCCUGCAGGAGAGCCCGUGUGGGUCGACUCCUGCACCAAGUGCCGCUGCCAUGACGGCCAGGACGCCGGCUACUGGGAGGGAAACCGUCUCGCCACCUGUUCUCGCCUCAAGAACUGCACACCUGAACAACCGUCUGCCCAGCACAACUGA